CUCGUUGAACACACGCGCACUCUCCAUCCAGCUCGCAGACGUUUGGGUGCCGUCGCUGCUGCAUCCUAUCUCUGACUGUUUUUUUGACUCUUUCCACAGACAAAACACAUAAAGACAACAAAAAGAGAAAGGAGAAAAGAAAAAAAGUGGCCGCUGCGAGGAGCGAACCACAACAAUAAUGACCCGGUCCUGACUAAAAACUGAAUGGAUUAGGCAAUCUAUUCUGAGCUCUAAUGAGAUUAGAGAGUCAGCGCAGACAUGGGUCGCGGCGGCGUGGUACCUUUCUGUGAGCUCCUCGGGGAACGUUUUCCCCGUCAGCGGUCCUCCCGACGUGGAAAUGGCGUUUUUGACACGGAAGAUGCCGCGGAUGCCAGGGGACAAUAGCAGACAUUUGAAUGCACGCUCACCUGUGCCGCUUUUGUGGCGCGCGGAUUCCUAGAAGUAGUAGAAGAGGAAGAAGAAGAAGUAGCAGCAGCGGCUGUUGUGGUGGUAGUAGUAGUAGUUAUAGCAACAGUAGUAGUCAAGGAGGACAACAUGAAGUACCAGAAAUAUAUAACGGUGAUGCAGAUGGCCAUGGGAGUGACAGCCUCCAACAAAGACUGCCUCCCCGCUAAGAGACAGCUGUGGGUGACCCCGCAAGAUGGAGAAACAUCCCCCUCAGGUGCCCCUGGUUGUUCAGAUGGGCCUAUAGGUGCUACUGGUGGUGCUGGUGCUAUGGCAAUGCCUGCCACCUCCACCCUCUCGCUGCCCAUGAGCCAGGGGAAACCUUCUCUGCGUCGCAUCAAAGGCCGCAUUCACCGCAGCAAGAGCCUGGACAGCCUUGAUCUGCUCGACUCCAAUAGUGCAGCGAUGGAGGAAACAGUCAUAUGGGAACAGCACACAGUGACCCUUCACAGGGCCCCAGGAUUUGGGUUUGGCAUUGCCAUCUCAGGUGGGCGAGACAACCCUCAUUUCCAGAGUGGAGAGACGUCCAUUGUUAUAUCUGAUGUGUUGAAAGGAGGUCCUGCGGAGGGUCUGCUACAAGAAAAUGAUCGCGUGGUGAUGGUCAAUGCAGUCUCCAUGGACAAUGUAGAGCAUGCCUACGCUGUUCAGCAACUUCGCAAGAGUGGCAAAAAUGCAAAGAUAACUAUUCGUAGGAAAAGGAAAGUACAAAUCCCUAUUUCGCGGCCAGGGGAUAGGGAGACGAUGUCUGAGCACGAGGAGGAGGACAGUGAUGAGGAGGACGGUUAUGAUCACCACAGUGGUCGUGGUGGCCAAAGUGCCUAUGGAGGCGCGAGCGGAGGCACAGGCACUGGGAGGCGUCAUGAUCGUGAGCGCAGCAACAGUGGGAGGCGGGAUCACAGUGCCUCGCGGGAGAGGAGCGUUUCCCCGCGCUCUGAUCGCCGAUCACAAGCCUCUUCUGCUCCACCCAGGCCUGCCAAGGUCACCCUUGUCAAGUCUCGAAAAAAUGAAGCAGAAUAUGGACUGCGACUAGCCAGCCAUAUCUUUGUGAAGGACAUCUCUCCAGAGAGCCUUGCUGCUAGGGAUGGAAACAUCCAGGAAGGAGAUGUUGUUCUUAAGAUCAAUGGCACAGUUACAGAGAACCUAUCACUGAUAGAUGCCAAGAAGCUGAUUGAGAGAUCAAAGGGCAAGCUGAAGAUGGUUGUGCAAAGAGAUGAGCGAGCCACACUGCUCAACAUUCCUGACCUUGAUGACAGCAUCCCAUCAGCCAAUAACUCCGACAGAGAUGACAUUUCAGAAAUACACUCAUUGACAUCAGACCAUUCCAAUCGAUCCCAUGGGCGAGGUAGUCGGUCACGUUCACCUGACAGGCCCGAGACAUCGGACCUUCUCCGUCACUCACCUCGGCAGAUCAGCAAUGGCAGCCAUCGAAGUCGAGAUGAGGAUCGCGUAUCUAAGCCAGGGGCCAUGUCCACACCAGUCAAAAGCUCUGAUGAUGGUGUUUUGUCACAGGCCAGUGACCAGGCCAGCUCCAGUAAUGACAAACAGUUGCCUCCGCUGCCUGAACCAAAGCCAGUUUAUGCACAGCCGGGUCAGCCUGACGUGGACCUGCCUGUUAGUCCAUCCGAUGCCCCUGUACCCAGCGCUGCACACGAUGACAGCAUCCUCAGGCCAAGUAUGAAGCUGGUCAAGUUUAAGAAGGGAGAGAGUGUCGGCCUGCGGUUAGCAGGAGGGAACGAUGUGGGAAUUUUUGUGGCAGGAGUUUUGGAAGACAGUCCAGCAGCUAAGGAGGGGCUGGAGGAGGGAGACCAGAUUCUCAGGGUGAACAAUGUGGACUUUGCCAACAUCAUCCGGGAAGAGGCUGUGCUGUUUCUGCUGGAUCUCCCAAGAGGAGAAGAAGUUACUAUUCUGGCUCAGAAGAAAAAGGAUGUGUAUCGGAGGAUAGUGGAAUCGGAUGUGGGUGACUCUUUCUACAUUCGGACACAUUUUGAAUAUGAAAAAGAGUCGCCGUAUGGGUUGAGCUUUAACAAGGGUGAAGUAUUCCGUGUAGUAGAUACACUCUACAAUGGCAAAUUAGGCUCUUGGCUCGCUAUCCGUAUUGGCAAGAACCACCAGGAAGUGGAGAGAGGCAUCAUCCCCAACAAGAACAGAGCUGAGCAGCUAUCCAGUGUGCAGUACACCCUCCCGAAAACACCUGGAGGUGACAGAGCGGACUUUUGGAGAUUCAGAGGGUUGCGAAGUUCCAAGAGGAAUUUGCGGAAAAGCAGGGAGGACCUGUCAGCCCAGCCAGUUCAGACCAAGUUCCCUGCCUAUGAGAGGGUGGUGCUCAGGGAAGCUGGAUUCCUGAGGCCUGUGGUUAUCUUUGGGCCAAUAGCAGAUGUGGCCAGAGAGAAACUGGCCAGGGAGGAGCCAGACAUCUUUGAACUAGCAAAAACACAGCAACAACAAGGAGGGGAAAAGAGUGAACCCAGGGAUGCAGGAACCGACCAGAAAAGCUCUGGCAUCAUUCGUCUGCACACCAUUAAACAGAUCAUUGACCGAGACAAGCAUGCAGUGCUGGACAUCACCCCUAAUGCAGUGGAUCGUCUGAACUACGCUCAGUGGUAUCCAAUCGUGGUGUUUCUGAACCCAGAUACCAAGCAGGGCGUCAAGAACAUGAGGACCCGCCUCUGCCCUGAGUCUAGGAAAAGCGCAAGGAAGCUUUAUGAACGAGCCCUCAAAUUAAGGAAGAACAACCACCACCUCUUCACCACAACCAUUAACUUGAACAGCAUGAAUGAUGGUUGGUUUGGCGCGCUGAAAGAAAUAAUCCAGCAGCAACAGAACCAGUUGGUGUGGGUCUCAGAGGGCAAGGCUGAUGGGGCAGCUGAGGAUGACCUAGACAUCCAUGACGACCGCCUUUCCUAUCUGUCGGCGCCAGGCAGUGAGUAUUCCAUGUACAGCACCGACAGUCGCCACACCUCCGACUACGAGGACACAGACACAGAAGGUGGAGCCUACACUGACCAGGAGCUGGAUGAAACGCUGAAUGAUGAUGUGGGUCCACCCACGGAGCCCGCCAUCACCCGUUCCUCCGAGCCUGUCCGUGAGGACCCACCUGUCAUCCAGGAGCCCCCUGGCUAUGCUGGCUACCAGCACACAGUGCAGCCGGACGCCCUGAACCGCAUCGACCCAGCUGGGUUCAAGGCACCAGCGCCGCAGCAGAAAGCAGAGGCCGCUGCCGUCCCUAGCAUCUCCAAGCAGCCUGAACCCCUGGCUGAGACAGCGCCCCCUGCUGUUGAUGUUACUGUAAAAACUGUAGGGGUUCUGAGCCCUGAUGAGGCUCCUCCCUACAGCCAGCCAAGCCCCAUCCCAGAGGCUGGCUCACUUAGGAGACCCACCCCUGAGCUAGCCCCUCAGAGCGUCACAUCAGAACCUCUGCAGUCUGGAAUGGCCAGUUCAGAACCAAAGAUGUUUCAGAAGGAUCCAUACAGCACAGACAACAUAGGGAGGAUCGGUCACAGCAUGAAGCCUGUGACUUACAGCCCUCAGCAGGGAUAUCACCCUGACCAGCAGCCAUACAGAGAUUACGACCACCCACCCAGCCGGUAUGAUGUUAGCAGCAGUGGAGUCAGCAGUGGAGGUGGUUACCCAGAACCAAAGUACCGUAAUUAUGACUCUAACCCACCCUACGAGAACAGUGUGCCUCACUACGACCAGCAACAGUGGAACCCCUACAACCAGCCGCUAUCUACUGCCAAUUCCCAGAGCUAUGAUCCACGUUUGCCCUACAGUGAGGGCCCUGACUCGCAGUACACCCCUCCUCUACGUUAUGACGAGCCCCCGCCUCAACAGGGAUUUGACGGACGGCCUCGCUACGGUAAACCGACAGGUCCAGCACCUGUCCGUUAUGACGACCCUCCACCCCCUGCUCCAGGGUCUGAUCUGCACUACGACCAGGAUUCUCACCUGAGCUCAUACCCCUCAGCUUCCCGCUCCCCAGAGCCUGCUGCCCAGCGACCUGCCUAUAACCAGGGACCAACGUUGCAACAAAAAGGCUACAAACCUCAGCAGUAUGAUCCUGCUCCUGUGAACUCUGAAACCAGCCCCACACCUCCACCUAAAGCAGAAGCCCCCUCGCCUUCUCCUGUAGAUUUUCCAAAACCUGCACCUGCCAGAGAUGAGCACCAAGAGGAUGACCCUGCCAUGAAGCCUCAGUCAGUCCUGACGAGGGUCAAGAUGUUUGAGAACAAGCGCUCAGUAUCCAUGGACCGAGCCAGAGAUACAGGGGAUUUAUCUGGAAACAAGGCAGCUGAUUUACCCUUGAAAGCGGGUGGAGUAAUCCCUAAAGCAAAUUCUCUGAGCAACCUGGAUCAAGAGAGGACCUUUAGAGCCCCAGAGCCCCAGAAGCCUCAGUCCAAGGUAGCUGAUGACAUUGUGCGUUCCAACCAUUACGACCCUGAUGAGGACGAGGACUACUACAGGAAACAGCUGUCUUACUUUGAUAAACUUCAGGCUGGCCCCAACAAACCUCAACCACAAGCACAAACAGCACAUGGCUACCCCAGGACGGAGUCAGUGGAGAAACCAAGUCCAGUGGAGAAAAAAUAUGAACCAAUUCCCCAGGUGACACCGUCUCUGCCACCAGCCACACUGCCCAAGCCCUCAACUGAAGCCAAGCCUCCUGCCCGAGAGGACACAGUCCAGACCAACUUUCUGCCUCACAAGAGUUUCCCUGAGAAGUCUCCAGUUAAUGGCACUAGUGAGCAGCCUCCGAAGUCGGUCACUAACACUGGGGCUCCACCAACAUCCAGCUACAACCGCUACGUGCCCAAACCCUACACCACCUCUGCCAGGCCUUUUGCACGCAUGUUCGACAGUCCUAAAUUCAACCACAACCUUCUGCCUAACGACAAGCCUGAAACUGCUCCAAAGGGUCGAAGCUCCAGUCCAGUAAAGCCUCAGAUCCCCGCACAGCCCCAGAAUGCAGACCAUGACAGUGGCCUGGACACUUUCACACGCACUAUGGACCACCGCUCCAAAUACCAGCAUAACAACGUCAACGCCGUGCCCAAGGCCAUCCCAGUGAGCCCCAGUGCCCUGGAUGAUGACGACGAUGAAGACGAGGGUCACACUGUGGUUGCAACAGCUCGCGGUAUCUUCAACUGUAACGGUGGUGUUCUGAGCUCCAUUGAGACAGGUGUCAGCAUAAUUAUCCCGCAGGGUGCCAUCCCUGACGGUGUGGAGCAGGAGAUCUACUUCAAGGUCUGUCGAGACAACAGCAUCCUGCCGCCGCUCGACAAAGAGAAAGGAGAGACUCUGCUCAGCCCUCUGGUGAUGUGUGGACCUCACGGCCUCAAGUUUUUGAAGCCUGUGGAGCUGCGCUUACCUCACUGUGCGUCAAUGACCCCUGAUGGUUGGUCUUUUGCUCUAAAAUCCUCCGACUCCUCGUCGGGUGACCCAAAAAGCUGGCAGAACAAGUCUCUCCCCGGAGACCCCAACUACCUGGUGGGAGCCAACUGUGUUUCUGUGCUCAUUGACCACUUUUAAGGAUGGAGAAGGAGGUGUGAUGUUACUGAAUGUGGAACCGUGGGGGAUAAAAAUGAAGAAGAUGGACACACAAACACACACACAAUGUACAUACGCUGACAGACGCACUCCAGACACAAACAACGCAGCACAUAACGGAGUAUGAAGAAGACCCUGUCGGUGGUGUUUGCGGCACCCAUGGAUGAAGACGAGACACUGAUGAUCGUUACAAAGCUGUUCUUUAAACUCAAUUAGAAGUUUUGAUGUGAAAUGAAGCCUUUGAUGCAUGCCCCAUGUCACCGAGAGUCGACAUUAUACAUAAGGCAAUGUUUAAUGUAAUUUUGACAUAAAUAUAGUUGGUUGGAUGGCAUUUUGAGGCAGCAUAAAUGCAUCAAAAAAAAUCUGUGUCAGUAUAUUUAUGCUAUAUAUACAUAAAGUAUAUAUAGUAGUAUAAAGAAGAUUUACUAAAAAAUUUACUCAUGAAUUCAAUUACCAGUUUUUUUCAGUUCAGGGGACUGAAUAUGAAUAAGUAUCGCCACUUUUUUAUGUUUUAUUUUUCCACAUCGGGAAAGUUUUUAUUGAAAGUUUGACACAGGUGGAGACAUUUGUACGUAUCUGUUGAAGGAGUCGACAAAACAUGAAGCUGGAUACGAACCCAAGCAGCAGCACACUUCUAGAGACGUUCUUCCUCCGCUCCUUCCUUCGUUCUUCCUCCAGUAAAACCUUGUAGCUUGCUUUCUUACCGAGUACCACGUCUCUCCUUCCAGCCUGAGGGAGAUCUAUGCAUGUUCUUUACUCAGGUCCAGUAGCCUCCUCAGUUCCUUCCUUCCCUAACAUCUCAUUUCUCUCUAUCUUUCCUCUUCUCCUCCUUUUUCUGUCUUUUUUUUCCUCUCCGUGCACUCUUGCACUCACUCACAAAUAAGCAGUGAUGCCUUAUCUGCAGAUUAUUCACUUUUCAUUAAGAGAAAAAAAGAUAAGUUAUGAUAAAUUAUGGUAUAAUGUCAUUUGUUUUGCCAUUUUUUUGUGAACCCACUGUAUAAAUGAACUUGGGUUUAGCACACAGUAACGGUUGAUAAGAUAACAAAGGUAUGCUCUUCUUUUAUCUGCUAUGCAUUACUUAAAACAACAAAACAACAGAAAAGAAGUGGCUGUAAAUAAAGCUAGCAGAUUGCCUUGUUUCUUUUGUUUGUAAAUGAACUUUUUGUAUGUCUUUCUUUUUUGUAUAAAACUUAGAGAAAACAUGUUUUAAAAAGCGGAAGACAGUGAACGUGGUUUUCUUUGUAUUCUGGAUAUACCCUCGAGCCUUGGAAUUGUAACCUGACAAUAACACACAACACCUUUUCUACCAGUAUAUUGACACUUAUGUUACGGUCGCAAAAAGCUCUCUUUACAGCCAUGUAAGGAUCAGGAACGUACUCGGGCUAAAAUUGCAUUUAAAACAUGUUCUUUUCAAAGGGUGUGCUCUCAAAGUGUCCCCCUCACUGAUUUGUGAUACUGGAUGCUAUAUUGUGUGCCCUUAAAUGUAUUUUUGUACUAAUAGACAAUAUAUUAUGUAUGGCACACCAGUACUGUUUUAUUUUUAGAUAUAACACGGCUUUAAUUGGAUAUUAGCUCUUCACGUGUGGCUGACUUUUUUUCUCCUCUGCAACACAAUUUUAAGUAUACCACUGUAUUAAUAAAUAAAAUCAUUUUUAAAGUAAA